AUGACAAAUGGAAGUGAUCUUAUUUCAAAAAUUCAUGCAAUGAUGGAAAAACAUAAAGAACCAUUUUUUGUUGUUCGUUUACGUAAUCCAAUGUCAAAUCCUGCAACAUUAACCUAUACAGAUCCAUUAAUACAAUGUGAUUUAAUGGAAUCUCGUGAUGCAUUUUUAAAUUUUGCUCGUGAAAAACAUUGUGAAUUUUCUUCAUUAUGUCGUGCAAAAUAUUCAACAAUGGUUUCAUUAAUUGAAUUACAUUCAUCAACAACCGAUAAAAUAUCUUAUACAUGUAAUUCAUGUCGACAAUUAUGUCAUAUUCGAUAUCAUUGUACAAUAUGUGAAGAUUAUGAUUUAUGUUGUAAAUGUUAUAUAACAAUAAAACAUCAACAUCGUAUGGAACGUUCAGAUUAUACAAAUGAAAUAAAAACAAAUUCGGAUACAACAAUUAAUAUUCAACAACAAAGACAAUUAACAAUGCAACGAAUGUUAGAUGCUAUACGUCAUGCUGUACAAUGUCGAAAUGCAAAUUGUAUAUAUAAAAAUUGUUCAUUAUGUAAAAGAUUAUUACAACAUACAAAAGAAUGUACAAAAGCAUCACGAAGUCCAUCACCAAUUAAUUCAGAAAAUUCUGAACCAACAACAUCUGGACAAUAUCAUCAUUCAAUGGAAUCAGCUUCACCAAGUUCAACUGGCAAAAUGAUGCCAUCAAGUGGUAAAGGUAGUAAAGGUGGUAAACAUUCAUCUAUAAGUGGAUUAGUUCGUACUAAUUUAUCACAACGAUUACCAACUCAACAACAACAAAAUUCUGUGUAUUAUAAUGGUGGUCAUGGUAAUCCAACUGGUAUUAAUAAUAAUAAUAAUAAUAGUGGAUAUCGAAUGAUGAUGACGACACAUCCUCAACAAACACCACAACAAUGGAUAC